GUUGGAGAAUCCCAGUGUGCCGGCUCCCCAUAAAGCACUGAGUAUCGCACUUGCUCAGUUAGCUUCCACAAAAGCCACCAAUGAACUGGUGGAGGCCAAUUACGCACACCUUCCUUCCGAUGUUCUACCGAAUCUACCUAAUUUUGAUGGGCUCGUGUGUUUGAGUCGUGUAUGGAACCGGCUGCAGAGUGAAUACACACAAGCAGAGGGAAUAAACGUUCCCGAAUUCAUUUUCGCGCCUGGCGUUUCCGUAUUUUUCAAACACCGAGAAGAUGGCCUUCUGGGGGCGAUAAACAUCGUCCUGUGGAUUGAUGAUGAUGAAGCCGUUAAAGUGAUUUAUGCCACCCGCCCAGAGCACGCUCCCAUAGUCCAAAAGGUAGUGGAUGAUGUUUACAGAGAACUGGGAUGGAUAAAUGGAUGCGGAUGUCCACAGUACGCUAUUGGACACCACCAUAAGUGUGCCUACCUCCUCAUUGCUAAUCGCCUAAUUGACCUCGGUAUUCCCGUCUACUAUGCAGCUCUCCGUGCCGGCCAGGCAUUUAUUCUCUCGCCGGGAUGGCCACACUGGGGAGGCCAGGUGGGUGCCAACGCCGCUAUUGCGGUCAACUUUGCAGAUCCCGACCAGUAUCCACGGCUUAUUCUUGAUACGGAUGCCUACGUCCAGUGUCCAGAUGACAAGAAAGCAAUGGAAGACGGUGAGCCUCACGGGUUUGAUGAUGAUACCUAUCCGGAUGACAUGAGGGCGACAAAGCGCGCGUGGGACGAGAGGAUGGAUGAACUGGGUAAUCCGUGGUACCCAUCAAUGGAUCAGGCCCCCAUUUCUAUCAAGAAAGUCCACUACCUCACGGACGAUGCUAUUGCCAGUGUAGUGAAGGCUACGCAAACAGCAACAGAGCUAAUGGAGAGCAAACUUAUCUAUACGGGCUGUUUAACCGCCGAACAGAUUGUGCGCCCCAGUCCUACAUCGGCACGUACUGGAUUGUUCCAGUGCGAAAUUUCCGGCCGGAAGUCGUGCGUGUGCUGGAUUUUCCACGGGACAACUCGCCUCAUGCCACGGUCCUCUCUUUCGGAUAUUUCCGGUCGAACUGCACGCAUUAUCAGGAAAUGGUGGACGUGGAUGGGUCGGAGGUUGAUUUGGCCAUGGGCACGUUGAUCGAUGCACACAUUUCGCAAGACCUGCAGAGAUCCGUUCACGAAAUCAUCUUUACGGCUUACCAGUGUGCUGAACUUGAAGAGUUGCACGCAAAAACGUUUUUCUACGACCGAAAACGUUUCUACACGGUCGUUGAAGAUGGCGAAGAUGUUCUGAAUUGUAGGUUGCCUGAAGAUGCCCCAGUAAAGGAUCUUAUGGAUGCGGUUCGGACCGUGCUGCAACCUGAAAGCGUGCGUCAGGAUGACAACAGCCAGGAAGGACUUAAGGCACUUGCUGCUUUGCGCGCGCUACUGAGCAACAACAAUGCCCUGCUACAACAACUUCAUGAUUCACUUCAAGUUCAUGCCAUCCCAUGCCGUGACAACGAACGAAAGCAGCCCGUGAAAGCGUUCUAUACUCCGUUCCAGCAACAGUUCAGUAUCAUUAACGUUCCUGGGGACGGGAACUGCUUCUUCCGUGCUGCAUCAAUGUCUCUCUUCCUGAACAACGGCUAUCAUGUCCACCUUCGACUAGCCGCAGUGGCGGUGUUGGUGAUACACUUUCACAGCUUCCUCCCCCACCUGACGCCAAUUUCGGUGCGGAAAGAUUUCGGACUCCUCGACAUCAUCUAUCGAACAGCCGUUACCGCAGCUGAACUCCCGAAGGAUAACUGGGCCACGGAUAUACAUCUCUUAGCCGUAGCCACUGCUCUCCAACGACAAGUCUGCUCGUACCGCGGAUUUGAUGAUUCAAAGCAUCGUCCUGAGGACUGGGAGACCAUUUGCCCCAACGAGUUGACUAAACGGAUUCGUGUGGAGCGUGACUUGGGAAAGCGUCAUUUGCUGUAUGUUCCGCUCUAUGCCAAGAGCACACGCGCGGAGGAUACGGUGCGGGUGUUGUACUCCAACUAUCAUUAUAUGGCCGUUGUACCGCGCCGGGAGUUGUCCAGAGGGCACUACCUUCCUGAUCCGAUAAAUGUGCGCGACUGGAAACAGGAAUCGACGGGAACGGUUACUGCCGUCAGCGUUCCCAGCGUCGUACUCUCUCCGUCACCUUCACCGUCAACGUCUCCCGAAGUGUCGUCACCUGGAAACACCGCUGCCGCCGGCGUCAGUGCCGACGCUGAAGCUGCAGGUGCCGAUGUAGCGGAGAAGAAUGAGUGAGAGCGUUAUUCACAUUCCUUUCCGUGACUGUUGUUUAGAUGAUCGAGUGGAUGUUUUUGUCUGGAUUGUAUGAACCAUUAUUAUUGUUUUCGGGCUUAUUGCUCAUAUUUUUUGUUAUUUUUCGAGUUUGACAUUGUUAUACGGUCGUUUUUCAGUUUCUAGAAUUUGUAGCUAUU